GAGAGACGUCAAAACAUCGGAUAGAUCCAGCAAAUAUCCUUCAACACCCGAAACACAGCCUACACAUCCCAGGAGCAGAGCGGCUGCGGCAUCACGUAGGAGACUACCAAGAAACCAGCGCAGCUUGGAGCUGUGAAGCAAGCAAUAUGGCUUUGAACCCACACCAAAAGAACAAAGUUGAUAUCAGCACUCUCUCAGAAGAGGAACAAAAGCUGUUCCGGCUCUAUGGCAAGCUUCCUAACAGGAAGGACUUGUUCAGCAAGAAAUUGUCGGAGCGCAAGUACUUUGACAGUGGUGAUUAUGCCAUGUCCAAAGCUGGCAAGGCCGAUCCUGGCUCGCUAGGCGGCGCGCUCGGUCGCGAGCAUCCUACACCAGAGAACAUCCCACACCUCACAACUCAACAGUCUGGAGGUGCUCCGGGCGAACAGCGCAAUUCCAUCUCAGGAUCGCUGAGCUUGCACCCCACGACUUCGCAAGGACAGAGCGGCUCUCCUAUCAAGGAGCCAUCUAUUCUGCAGCGUGGUAUGAGUGUGGAUGAACAAGAGCCCGAGGAAGUCGCCAAAGCAGCUGCUCCAAGCUCCGAAGAACAGGGCGUGCCAAUUCGAAAGUAGGCGCUGUCGUCCUCCGGUUACACAAACUUGCAGGACGACACAUAUCCUGCAUGCGAUUCAGAGGGAGAGAGAACUUGACACCCACCAUCGCCCUGGUCGAUUGCUUCUGA